GGACGUGGAGGACAGAGGGCGUGUUCCCCGAGCAGGCGCUGCUGAAGGUGCCCGCGGACAUCCCGCUGCCCUGCGCCGCCACCCUCAGCGUCAACCCCUGCACGGCGCUCCGCCUGCUGGCCGACUUCGAGACCCUGGCGCCGGGUGACUCUGUCAUCCAGAACGCUGCCAACAGCGGCGUGGGCCAGGCCGUCAUCCAGAUCGCCAGGGCCUCCGGCGUCAAGACCAUCAACGUGGUGAGGGACAGGCCUGAUCUCCCAAAGCUGGUGGAGAGGCUGAUGGCUCUGGGUGCAGACCACGUCAUCACAGAGGAGAUGCUGAGAAAGCCAGAGAUGAAAGAGAUCUUUAAGAGCAUCCCGAAGCCUCGGCUCGCCCUGAACUGCGUCGGAGGCAAGAGCACCACGGAGAUGCUGAGGCACCUGCAGCCCAAGGGGACCAUGGUCACCUAUGGGGGGAUGGCAAAGCAGCCUGUGAUGGUGCCUGUGAGCGCCUUCAUCUUCCGGGACCUGCGGCUCCGCGGCUUCUGGGUGACUCAGUGGAGGAAGGACCAUGCCCAGGACCCGGAGAGCGUGGCCACCAUGAUGGACACCUUGUUCCAGCUGAUCCGCAGGGGACAGCUCACUGCACCAGCCUACACAGAGGUCCCACUGCAGGACUACAGGGCAGCACUGGAGGUGGCCAUGAAGCCCUUCACGUCCUCCAAGCAGAUCCUGCUCCUCUGA